UCAAAAUGAAGUCAGUGGGAAUGACCUCACCCUCAUAGACCUGGAUGACCCCAUCAAUGAUGCUGAUGUUAUGAAGGAAGACAGAUCUGAUAAAGAUCACAGAGAGGUUGAGAGACAGACCACGUUGGAAGAGGCUGUUCUAGAGACAGAUAUCCAAACUCUGUCACUAGAGGCUGAAGGAGAGAUUGAGAUGCAGGAGGCUGAUCUGAAGACAGAUGGCACGUCUCAGUCACAGAAGGUUGAAGGAGAGAUUGAGUUGGACGAUGCUGUUGCCAUCCCACCUCAGUCACAGGAGGUUGAAGGAGAGAGUGAGUUGGACGAUGCUGUUGCCAUCCCACCUCAGUCACAGGAGGUUGAAGGAGAGAGUGAGUUGGACCAGGCCAUUGUCAUCCCAUUUCAGUCACAGGAGGAGGCCAAAGGUGAGAGUGAGUUGAAUCAGGUUGAUCUGAAGACAGCCACAUCAACUCUGACACUGGAGGUCGAAGGAGAGAGUGUGAUGCAGGAGAGUGAUGAUCUACAAACAGCCGGGACAUCUCAAUCCCAAGAGACUGAACGAGUGGCAAAGGCUGCAGUGGUGACCUUCACUAGCGUGACCCGCAAGGCUGCAGUCUCCCAGACCAGCCUCACCCUCAGCAGGGGAAAGAGAAGCUACCCAGACCUACACACCUUUGUGCAGGACAUGAAGGAUGGCCAUUGGAAUCUGCUGAGUGAGAAUAUGCGUGCUGGGAUGAGCAGACAUGAGUUUAGUGCCAGGUGCAUGGAUAUCACAAAUUGGGUGAUGGAGUCUACAUCCACUGUGGCCAUUCCCGCCCUUGACCUCACCAUGCAGAUAGAGCGCUCUGAUUCGUCAAGCUCUUCUGGAUCAGGAAGUAAUGAGGCAAGAGAAGUGACUUCUCUUGGCCGCAGCGUCAGAUUCAGCUUUAGUGGAGGACCCAGUAGGCGCACCAGUUCUAGAACCACUUGCAGCACACGAACUCCCACCCCUUUCCCCUCCUCUCACAGGUACUUACCCCUAUCAUCUUCUCUCAUAGGUACCUAUCCCCUCCUCUCAAAGGUACUUACCCCUAUCCCCUCCUCUCAUAGGUACUUACCCCUAUCCCCUCCUCUCACAGGUACCUACCCCUAUCCCCUCCUCUCAUAGGUACCUACCCCUUUUCCCUCCUCUCACAGGUACCUACCCCUAUCCCCUCCUCUCAUAGGUACUUACCCCUAUCCCCUCCUCUCAUAGGUACUUACCCCUAUCCCCUCCUCUCACAAGUACCUACCCCUAGCCCCUCUUUUCACAGGUACCUACCCCUAGCCCCUCUUUUCACAGGUACCUACCCCUAGCCCCUCUUUUCACAGGU